UAGAAGGAUUAAUGAGAUUACUCUCAUGAUAGGGAUCUAUGGUAUUGGUGGGAUUGGUAAAACAACUAUUGUCAAAGAAGUUUAUAACAGGAUUGCGCAUCUAUUCGAAGCUAGAUGUUUUCUAUCAAAUGAUAGAGAACUUUCAACUCGUGAUGGUCUGGUCAAACUGAAAGAGAGCCUUCUUAAUGAGCUCUUAGGAAACUCUAGAAGUCUUAAUGUUGGUAGUAUUGGAGCUAAUGUUAUAAAGGGUUGGCUUUGCUCUAAAAGGGUACUUCUAAUUCUUGAUGAUGUGAAUGAUUUGCUCCAAUUACAAGAAUUAGCUGGAAAUCAUAAUUGGUUCGGUCCAGGAAGCAGAAUAAUAAUAACAACAAGAUAUAAAUAUCUAUUAGAGAGACAUACGAUUGACUCAAUGUAUGAAGUGGAGGGAUUGGACAACAACCAAGCUAUUCAGCUAUUUAGUUGGCACGCAUUUAAAAAAGAAGAGCCAGAUGAAAGGUACGUGAAAUUCUCACAAUGUAUAAUCAGUUAUGCUAAGGGCCUUCCACUAGCUCUUAAAGUGCUUGGUUCAUAUUUGUAUGGUAGAAAUAUAAUACAAUGGAAAAGUGUAUUGAAAAAGUAUGCAGGAAAACCUCACGAGGAUAUUUAUGAAAUACUUAGAAUAAGCUAUGACGGGUUGGAUCGUGAUGAGAAAAAUAUUUUUCUUGACAUUGCAUGUUUCUUUAAGGGGAUGCAUGUACAAGAUGUUACGGAAAUACUAGACAGUUGUGGUUUUCCAGCAACUAUUGGCAUCAACAUACUUAGAGAAAAGUGUCUCAUAAAUAUUGACAAAUUUGAUCAUGUGGAGAUGCAUGACUUACUGCAACAAAUGGGUAAAGAAGUUGUUCGACGAAAAUCCACCAUGGAAGCUGGCAGACGUAGUAGAUUGUGGUGUCAUAAAGAUGUUCGCGAUGUAUUAGAAGACAAUACGGGAACAAGAAAAAUUGAAGGGAUUUCGUUAGACUUUCCUGGAGGCCAUGACGAGGUACGCCUGUGUUCCAAGGCAUUUAUGAAGAUGAAGAAACUUCGACUGUUUAUAAAUCAUAACGCACAAAUCUCUGGAGUACCGAAAUAUCUCUCUAAUGAGUUAAGCAUGCUUCGUUGGAGUAAAUAUUCGUCGUCAUCUUUGCCAUCUAAUUUUAAUGGAAAUAAUCUCUGUAUAUUUCGAAUGCGACAUAGCCUCAUCAAGAAGUUGGAUGGCCUAAAACUCAAGAACUUGAGAGAAAUGGACUUAUCUUUUUCUAAAUUCUUGACAAAAAUACCUGAUCUUUCGAGUAGCGCAAAUUUAAAGAAGGUGAAUCUCCAAUAUUGUGAGAAUUUAGUUGAGGUUCAUUGUUCCGUUGGAUUCCUUGAUAAGCUUUCGGAUUUUCUUGUUAAUGGAUGCUCCAAGCUUAGGAUUUUUCCUGAAAGAUUCAAGUUGAGAUCUCUAUGUUUGCUUCAACUUUAUGAUUGCUCGAGUCUUCAAGACUUUCCCGAGAUUUUGUGUGAAAUGAAAUUUUUAUAUCAUAUAUGUCUUCGCGGCACUAGCAUAACAGAGCUGCCUUCAUCAAUUGAGAAGCUCACUGAACUUCAAUCCUUAGAUCUAAAUGGUAUUGGUAUAAAAGAGCUACCUUCAUCAAUUGGAAAGCUCACUAAACUUGAACGUUUAUGUGCAAGAGACUGCAAAGACCUUGUGCAUCUCCCAUCUAGCAUUCAUCAGUUGCACCGUCUAUGUUCUCUCAAACUCGACCGUUGUUCACAAGCAAUAAACAUUAGAGAGGUGGAGGAGGAUGGUACACAAAGCACGGCAUCUGUUGUGUGUAAAGGCCAAUAUGAAAUUGAAUCAAGUGCAGAAUUGACUUCGAUAAAUUCAAGCAUUUUUAAUGAUGGUUCCUCCUCAAGCGCGAAUUGGGCACCACUAGCUUUAAGUCUUCAAUUCUGUUGCCUAUCAGAAUCAAAUUUCUUCACAGAUGCUAACUACUUUCCCACUCUGGUUGAGUUAGAUCUAAGUGGGAGUGAUAUUGUUAUCUUUCCUCAAGACGUCAGAUUUGCAGGGUUGAAAAACCUUUGUUUGAACAAUUGCAAGCAGCUUGCAGAAAUUUUACCUCUUCCAUUGAGUAUAGCAAAGGUUGAAGCUCGGGGAUGCACGUCAUUGAAAAGUUUUGCAGAACUAUCUAAAAUAUUUUUUAAUAACAAUGGAAGGAAUUCAAGUGGCCUAAAGAUUGACUUGUAUGGAUGCCUUCAACUUCUUGUGAAUAUGAUGCUUCCGUCAUGGGAAGAGAGAGAUUCUAAGGAAAAAAAUCGGGAAGACCACCUUGAAGCUAGAAUCAUGGGCAUUAUAUUUUCAGGAGAGAGGAUUCCAAGCUGGUUCAGCUAUUGGAGGGAGGCCGAUAAUAGUAAUUCGUGUGAAAUAGAUAUUAACGGGCCGCAUUAUCGGAACCAGAUAGAAGAAAUUAUUUUAUGUGUUGUUAUUGGAUUUAGAGCUGGGAUCAUUUACUCAAAAAUGGAGACUGAAAUUUGUGUUGGAAUCCAUGAUGGAAGGCAUUGGAAUGACUUAUGUAAUCAACAUAUAAGAUUUGAUUGCUCGGAGUCAGACCAUGUAUGGCUGGGAUGUUUUGUGUGCCCUUACAAUAAAGGGAACAUUUCAAGGUUUAAAUUUGAAUGUGAUUCAGAGCUCGUGGUGUUUAAAAGUGUUGGGGUCCAUUUGGUAAAGAAGCAUGAAGAGAACGUAAGAGAUCAGAAAGGUGUGCUCCACUAAGAUGUUGGUGCCCAUUUUGGUAAGAGGCAUCGUGAUGAAUUUGAUUGCAACUUGGAAUCCAAUUCGGACCCUCAACGAAAGAGGCAUUCCUCAACCAUGGGCAUUAGAAUUUCAGAAUUAGAGAAUGAAGAUGAGAAUCCAAAGGAAUCCCGAUUGGAAGAUGCAUGAGCCGGAGAAGAUGGGAUGACUGAAGAAUCUGUAGAUGUGAAGCUGUCACUGCGACUCGCAUCAUAGAAGUUAUGGCUCCGGAGUGUACUUCUUUCUCCUCUCCUUUGAACUGACAUAGAGAUUAACUGAACUUUGAAAUUUCAACCACUCUAAAGAAAAGAGACUGCUGCAUUUUCUUGCAUCCUUCUUCUGCUCGGUAAAGUGGUGGGUGGUGUUGUGGUGCUCUAUAUGCGAUGGGAUGUUCGGCAGCACAGGCUAGAUUUUAAAGACUCCCACGCUUUAUUAUUUGGUUUCAAAUUUUCCCUUUUGGAUUGCUUGAUUCGAAAUGUUGCGGUUUGCCCACUUCCUCCUAGUUCAUUUUUCCCUGCGAGGAGAUUGUUUUGGUCCCCUCAGGAAAAAAGCUUCUCAUCAGCCACUAUUUCUCAUCAACCGUUGCACACCCUACGUGGAUCCGAAGUUUUUGAGAAACCAGAGGUAUGCAAGAAAGCACAACAAGAAGAAUGGUGGUUCUGCAACCGAGGAAGAGUAAAUCAAUGAGGGUUGGGAUUCUUUAAAGUUUAGAUAUUGUUGAAAUGGUUUUCAGAUUUGAUGUGUUGGAAGUUUCUUUCGACCUUUUCAGUCAAUAUUGACUGUGGGUACCCUGUGUGUAAGACUAGCAAUACAUCUUGUUGGAGGAUUGAUCCCCAGGGUGUUAUUUACUUGCAAUUAACAGCAUUACCCUUAACAAUCUUGUUGGGUUUGCUGUGUUCAUAGUGCACUUGGUCAACAUCCCCAUCACUGGUACUGGUAUUAACCCAGCUAGGAGCUUUGGUGCUGCUGUUAUCUACGACAAUGAUAAAAUAUGGGAUGAACAUUCUUGAAAAGGGAGUUUGAGGUUCAGAAAAGGAAGGAUGAAGCCUUGAGAAAUGAGCAUCAGCUCCAAAAAAGGGAGGAUGGGCUGAUAAAACCAAUGACCACAGGAAGCAUUGGAUUUCAUGAAAACAAAUAUCUUCUCUAAAAACAGAAGGGGGUCUUCAAAAGAGAGUUUGAGGUUCAGAAAAUGGACUGGAGAUUGAUUACGAUAAUCAUUUGCAACUACUUUGGCAACACUGAGGGGGCUUUCUCAAAAGACCUUCCGCUAUAAUAUAGGAUUCGUAACCAAUAGUUAUGGGGAGUAAAUGUGAAGGCAAUGUAUUUGAGAAUGCUUGGUUGUAAACAUUACUCUUGAUUGUAAAUAUUCUGUACUUGAGAAUGAAUAAGCAGUGGCAGUUUUGCCUUUUAUCUUCAUGUGGCAGUUUUGCAAA